GUCUGAUGCUAGUCCUGGUUUAGUAGUUUUAUUUGGAUCAUGAAACUAUCGCACACGGACUCGCACACCAAGAUCGCGACCCUGACGAUCAUGUUGAUCAGAGUGUUGAAGGAGAAAUCCACGCACGACUGUAUCCGUACGUAGUGCGAAGAAGUAUUCACCUUCGCAAUUGCACAUUUCCAUUUGAAUAAAAGCACAGCAAGAUGCCGGAGGUUCGUGUAUUCGCUGCUUUCUAUCCAACUCCGUGUCUGAAGACCUACCAGCGGCUGGUGUUGUUCUUUGCUUGGGGAUGGAUCUUCUACGCUGUAAUCCUCGGCGGAAUUACGCUCGGGAACGGCGAGUUUAUGCUCUUCGGACAGUCGACGCCGAGCUGGGUGCCCGAAGCGAAGGACUUCGUUGGCUCGUUCGCGUGCACCAUUUGUAGUUUCUUGCUCCUCUUUCUUCUCGGCAGGUGUGGGGCAACGCAGUACGGACGCGGUUGCCUUGGCCUGUUCUGCUGCUGCAACCUAUGCAUCUUCGUGUUUAUGGCUGUGGUAACGGCGUUGACGGCGACCCUGGGUUUGGUUGCGUUGCCAGCCGCCGAGGGCUAUCUCGACGCGUGUUCGCCAGCGAAAGAGUGCUGCAUGCUAUCGACAGGGGAGAACUUGUGCAACGAAGACACGUCACUGCCGAAAGGAUGGAAAAAGGUACUGUUACUUUUAAAGUAGUCACCUCUUGUUCGAGACAACUGAUGAACGUUACGAGAAAGAUCGAUGUUCCUCGGUCCUCUCGCUGGAGCUGUCUACCAUUCGGACCGGGUUCUCCUUGUCUUUACUAGAGACCAUCAAAGGGCAUAACAUGCCGCAUGACCGUUCAAUCUUUUUGAAAACAGGCCGGAGAUGAGGGUACUGCGAAGUUCGUCGAUUGCGUUCUCAGUGCGCAUCCUGCCUACGAGAAGCGCUACAACGAUACAAACAAUCUGGCGGGCAAGACGGAGUGUUUGCCUGAAGCCGGAGUUGUCGUGCAGUGCGGGAAAGCGCUGGUACCACCUGGGGUAACACUGCAGGAUUACGUGGAGUGGAACGACCUGGAUGCGUCGCCGGUUGUCACUGCCAUCGGAACAAGGAAACCCGGCGAGUGCGUGGAAUGCGAGAAAAUGAAAGCAGAAAAUUUAGAAAACGCUGUGGACGAGCUUUGCAGGAGUCCGCCCGCGGUAGAGACCACCGCGGCGGUGGUGAAAAUAGAAGCUGGCAACCCGGACACGCCAUCAAUAACUGCUCUUGACGGGAUUCAACUCUCGGAACGCGAAAGGCCCACGGCCCCUGUGGCAAACGACCCUGUUGCGUUGGGUAGAAACUCGAUCGAGCUCGCAGCUGCGCACAGAUACAGUCUCGACGAAGUAGUCACCGACUUCAGUCCGCUCGCAGGUACGAUGUAGCUGCUUAUCAUGUCUUCUCGCUUUUAUCUUUAUGAGGUCAGAUCGAGAUCGCAUCAUCAGAAUCGAGGUCGGGUCCGACCAGGUCCCCGCCAUGAGUUCGUCAUAUGACGAACUGAUGGCGGGGAGCUGGUCGCCGGUCGGACCAGCCUGUCGGAUCAGUUCGGAUCAGUUCGCCUAAUAGCGAACUGAUGGCGGGCAGCUGGUCGGACCACCUGGUCGGACCUCGGGGUGCUGCCCGCCAUCAGUUCGCCUAAUAGCGAACUGAUGGCGGGCAGCUGGUCGGAUCACCUGGUCGGACCUCGGGGUGCUGCCCGCCAUCAGUUCGCCUAAUAGCGAACUGAUGGCGGGCAGCUGGUCGGAUCACCUGGUCGGACCUCGGGGUGCUGCCCGCCAUCAGUUCGCCUAAUAGCGAACUGAUGGCGGGCAGCUGGUCGGAUCACCUGGUCGGACCUCGGGGUGCUGCCCGCCAUCAGUUCGCCUAAUAGCGAACUGAUGGCGGGCAGCUGGUCGGAUCACCUGGUCGGACCUCGGGGUGCUGCCCGCCAUCAGUUCGCCUAAUAGCGAACUGAUGGCGGGCAGCUGGUCGGAUCACCUGGUCGGACCUCGGGGUGCUGCCCGCCAUCAGUUCGCCUAAUAGCGAACUGAUGGCGGGCAGCUGGUCGGAUCACCUGGUCGGACCUCGGGGUGCUGCCCGCCAUCAGUUCGCCUAAUAGCGAACUGAUGGCGGGCAGCUGGUCGGAUCACCUGGUCGGACCUCGGGGUGCUGCCCGCCAUCAGUUCGCCUAAUAGCGAACUGAUGGCGGGCAGCUGGUCGGAUCACCUGGUCGGACCUCGGGGUGCUGCCCGCCAUCAGUUCGCCUAAUAGCGAACUGAUGGCGGGCAGCUGGUCGGAUCACCUGGUCGGACCUCGGGGUGCUGCCCGCCAUCAGUUCGCCUAAUAGCGAACUGAUGGCGGGCAGCUGGUCGGAUCACCUGGUCGGACCUCGGGGUGCUGCCCGCCAUCAGUUCGCCUAAUAGCGAACUGAUGGCGGGCAGCUGGUCGGAUCACCUGGUCGGACCUCGGGGUGCUGCCCGCCAUCAGUUCGCCUAAUAGCGAACUGAUGGCGGGCAGCUGGUCGGAUCACCUGGUCGGACCUCGGGGUGCUGCCCGCCAUCAGUUCGCCUAAUAGCGAACUGAUGGCGGGCAGCUGGUCGGAUCACCUGGUCGGACCUCGGGGUGCUGCCCGCCAUCAGUUCGCCUAAUAGCGAACUGAUGGCGGGCAGCUGGUCGGAUCACCUGGUCGGACCUCGGGGUGCUGCCCGCCAUCAGUUCGCCUAAUAGCGAACUGAUGGCGGGCAGCUGGUCGGAUCACCUGGUCGGACCUCGGGGUGCUGCCCGCCAUCAGUUCGCCUAAUAGCGAACUGAUGGCGGGCAGCUGGUCGGAUCACCUGGUCGGACCUCGGGGUGCUGCCCGCCAUCAGUUCGCCUAAUAGCGAACUGAUGGCGGGCAGCUGGUCGGAUCACCUGGUCGGACCUCGGGGUGCUGCCCGCCAUCAGUUCGCCUAAUAGCGAACUGAUGGCGGGCAGCUGGUCGGAUCACCUGGUCGGACCUCGGGGUGCUGCCCGCCAUCAGUUCGCCUAAUAGCGAACUGAUGGCGGGCAGCUGGUCGGAUCACCUGGUCGGACCUCGGGGUGCUGCCCGCCAUCAGUUCGCCUAAUAGCGAACUGAUGGCGGGCAGCUGGUCGGAUCACCUGGUCGGACCUCGGGGUGCUGCCCGCCAUCAGUUCGCCUAAUAGCGAACUGAUGGCGGGCAGCUGGUCGGAUCACCUGGUCGGACCUCGGGGUGCUGCCCGCCAUCAGUUCGCCUAAUAGCGAACUGAUGGCGGGCAGCUGGUCGGAUCACCUGGUCGGACCUCGGGGUGCUGCCCGCCAUCAGUUCGCCUAAUAGCGAACUGAUGGCGGGCAGCUGGUCGGAUCACCUGGUCGGACCUCGGGGUGCUGCCCGCCAUCAGUUCGCCUAAUAGCGAACUGAUGGCGGGCAGCUGGUCGGAUCACCUGGUCGGACCUCGGGGUGCUGCCCGCCAUCAGUUCGCCUAAUAGCGAACUGAUGGCGGGCAGCUGGUCGGAUCACCUGGUCGGACCUCGGGGUGCUGCCCGCCAUCAGUUCGCCUAAUAGCGAACUGAUGGCGGGCAGCUGGUCGGAUCACCUGGUCGGACCUCGGGGUGCUGCCCGCCAUCAGUUCGCCUAAUAGCGAACUGAUGGCGGGCAGCUGGUCGGAUCACCUGGUCGGACCUCGGGGUGCUGCCCGCCAUCAGUUCGCCUAAUAGCGAACUGAUGGCGGGCAGCUGGUCGGAUCACCUGGUCGGACCUCGGGGUGCUGCCCGCCAUCAGUUCGCCUAAUAGCGAACUGAUGGCGGGCAGCUGGUCGGAUCACCUGGUCGGACCUCGGGGUGCUGCCCGCCAUCAGUUCGCCUAAUAGCGAACUGAUGGCGGGCAGCUGGUCGGAUCACCUGGUCGGACCUCGGGGUGCUGCCCGCCAUCAGUUCGCCUAAUAGCGAACUGAUGGCGGGCAGCUGGUCGGAUCACCUGGAUCACCUGGUCGGACCUCCGGGUGCUGCCCGCCAUCAGUUCGCUAUAUAGCGAACUGAUGGUGGGCAGCUGGUCGGAUUUGGCUGGAGGUGCCCGCCAUCAGUUCGUCAUAUGACGAACUGAUGGCGGGGACUUGGUCGGACGUCGAACGGAGGUCGGCGGCGAGCACUCCAGCCGAGGUCCGAGAAGUUGCAAACUGUAACUGGAAAAUGUAGCGGAGAUUGCCUAAGUAUUGUCAUUACGAACAUUUUCAGACUCCCGCUUUCUUCCGCAGCUGCGCGACGCCGUUCUUCCAAGCAUUGCCAGUGUGGUGAAACCCGUCCUCCCGGCAUUGGAUUUUUCACAAACUAAGGCCAGCGCUCUUGGGCACCUGAGCAACCUCGGCCACGAAAUCGCGAAACGCAAGGAGGAGCUCUUUCCGUCGACAGCGCAACAAGAAAAGAGUGAAGUACGCACUUCUGCUGCAAGUGUAAAACAGGCACUCCUCCUAGCAGAAGCAGAAGUACCAUCGCAAGUAGACGAUCAGCACCCAAACCUAACGCCCAAGGAAAAGGAGGAAGCUUUGUCUUUCGGAGACAUGGUGGCGGGCGUGCGGGACUUCCUCAACAGCGGGGCAAACAACACGAAAGAUUUCCUGACUAAAUGGGUGAAGGGCUUUUUGCGUUCCGACACACAAGUGACGAACGCGGAGAUCAAAGUCCAGUCGCAGGUAUGACUGUUCUAGUGAAUGCUUCAUCGGUGUACGACUAGAAUGUAGCCACUUUUCAUUUUCUCGUAAGUAGUCGUACACGUCAUUUAGGGUCACGUGAGUCGACAGAACAUUCAGUCUUGUGCAGGAGUAGACUAGGCCCGUGCCUCCUCUUACUUCAAUCAAUCCGCAACUUCUUCUAGGUAGGCGACAUCGCUUCCCACAUCGCUCGAACGGAUGUUGAAGCAGCGCAGGAAUUCGCGCGAAGAGAGGAGGAAGAUUCCAAGCGGCUUGCGGACAGGUUUCAGCGCGAUAUCCAUGCUGCCUCGAACGCACUUGAGGGCGAUAGUGCACGUAAUUCUGGAGGAAAUAACGGGAAUGGCCCGAGAACGAACGCCGUGGGUAGAUCAUCUUCAUCUUCGACCUCUCGCGUUGCAGCUGACGACAAAUCAGCGUCGACGUCAUUGCUCGCCACGGCCCGUUCUCUGAUCGCAAACCAGCUCGGAGGCUCAUCUACAAGCACAGCAGCAGCAAAUCAUGGACGCACAAGAACUUCCCAGCAGGACCAAGUGCACACGGCGACGCUCUCGCACUCUGCCACGGGCGCACUUAUUCUCUUGGACCAAACGACACUUCCGUCAGCAUCAUCAGUUGUAGGUGCUUUAAAAAACGAGAAGACCACCAACUCCCAGAUUCUCCUGGAUGCGGACGACGCCGCGCAGGUCGCAGUCGCCGCAGCGGACCGCAAGAAAGGCGAGGAGGACGGGGUAACCGGAGCCAACUUCGGUAAGAAGUGGUGGAACGACCUGCUGGACUCGGAUUUCCAGCAGUGUAAGCUUCGCCCCUGGGAGGUCCAGGGCCAGGAGCAGUUCCGCGUAGAGUACCUCCCCGGACUGGAGACCUGGACGACCUGGCUGGCCUUCACGCACCUGAUUGGCGGCAUGGUCGCGUUUUUCAGUUUCCUGUGCUCUUUCUGCAUGUGCUGCAUGAUCCCCACGAUGCGCGUCUUGUCCGACGACGAUUACAGGGCGCUACAGGGCGAGCCAUGAGGGCACACGCAGGUGAAUGGUGUCAGUGAGGAACUGGCAGUGGUUGUAGAGGUUGUAAGCGGGGGGCGUGAAGAACUACGAGCGUGAAGCUGGUUCAAAAUCAAAAUGAGUCUGGUUCCCUGUGGUCAUUCACUGCGACUAGUACAGGAACCCUUUUACUGCACCAGAAGCGGAAACUGAAAAGUCCACUUGUGCUCAUGGUAAGCCGUAGUGCUAAAAUGUGCCACGUGCGAGAAACCUGUACAUGUAUUAUGAUGUAUGCUCCUGUUGUCCAGCGCGACUGCGUGCGUGCGCGCGGGCGUUCUGCAACUUAAUCUGCAAAU